UGAAAAUUUUCAAAAGUACGUGUCAUACACAAACUCUUCCUUGUGAUGUAUAGAUAUAAUAUCAGUCCUCUAGAUUGUGCAUAUAGUUUCAACAUAUUCUUGGCAGUCCCAUGAGUAUCAUGGAACAUUUGGUUUCCGAUCCCAUACUUGUCACUACUGCAACAAUUAUAGCUAUAUAUAUAACUAUAUUCAUUAUCAAACUCGUUGAGAAGAAGAAGAAGAAACACCACCCUUUAGGCGGCACGUUCUUAAAUCAGUUGAUCAACUUCCACAGGUUACAUGAUUACGGAACAGACCUUGCUCGCAAACACACUACAUACAGGAUACUUGGUUUUUUCAGAACUGAGGUUUACACUGCAGACCCUCAAAAUCUAGAAUACAUUCUCAAAACCAACUUUUCAAACUAUGGCAAGGGUUGGUUCCAUUACAGCAUUUUAUCAGAUCUUCUGGGUGAUGGGAUUUUCACAGUCGAUGGAGAAAAAUGGAGACAUCAGAGAAAGGUAUCAAGCUAUCAGUUUUCAACCAAGAUGCUUAGAGACUUCAGCAAUACAGUUUUCAAAACCAAUGCACUCAAACUAGCUGGGAUUGUUUCUCAAGCUGCCGCUUCCAACGAACCAAUAGACAUGCAAGAACUUUUAAUGAAGUCUUCGUUAGAGACAGUGUUUAAGGUUGUUCUUGGUGUGGAAGUAGACAGCAUCUUUGGAACAGAUGAAGAAGCCGCUCGGUUUUCGAAUGCUUUUGAUGAAGCAAGUGAAAUCAUCCUGGGUCGUUACAUUGAUUUCUUCUGGAAGAUCAAACGGUACUUUAACAUUGGGUCUGAAGCUGUAUUGAGGAAAAGUAUCGAAGUGGUGGAUCAAUUUGUGCAAAAAGUCAUCCAAACCAAGAUUGACGAAGUCCACAACUCAGCAGAUGAUUUGACUAAAAAGAAAGAAGGCAUUUUGUCAAGACUUAUUGAUCUGAGAGAGAUAGAUAUGAAAUACUUGGAGGAGAUAACGCUAAGUUUUAUGAUUGCCGGCAAGGACACCACAGCCACUACUCUUUCCUGGUUCCUUUACAUGAUGUGCAAGCAUCCACGCAUACAAGAAAAUAUUUCACAAGAAGUCAUAGAAGUAACCAAUUUGAACGGUAAUUAUAGUGUUGAAGAACUUGCAGCCAACCUCAGUGAAGAAGCGCUCGACAAAAUGCAAUAUAUUACCGCAGCUUUGGCCGAGACGCUUAGACUUUACCCUGCACUUCCAGCGGACGCGAAGGUUUGUUUUUCUGAUGAUACAUUACCAGAUGGAUACAGUGUCAAAAAAGGAAAUGUUGUGGUCUACCAACCUUAUGCGAUGGGCAGGAUGAAAUUUCUAUGGGGGGAUGAUGCUGAAGAAUUUAGGCCCGAAAGAUGGAUAGACGAAAAUGGCCUAUUCAAGCAACAGAGCCCUUUUAAAUUCUCUGCCUUUCAGGCCGGUCCAAGAAUAUGUCUGGGGAAAGAGUUUGCCUACAGACAAAUGAAGUUCUUUUCGGCUGUGUUAUUAGGCAGCUACAAAUUCAAGCUGAGUGAUGAAAAGAAAGCAGUCAAUUACAGGGUAAUGCUCAAUCUAGUGAUUAAUGGAGGCCUCCAUCUGCGGCCAUCCUCUAGAAACCAAGUCAUAUAACAACUUAGAUACUGAAAUCAGACAGAAUUAAGUAAUAAAUCCUCUGUGUAGUGUAUGUGUGUAUAUAUAUAUAUAUAUAUAUUAUAUGUGGAACUAAAUUAAGAUAGCAGAUGCAAUAAAAGUAUAGUUAUCUUGGCAGGUUA